CUGUGGGCGCUUGUAUUUCUGGAACAUUCACCAGAAAUAAUAAGGUUGCGCUCUCUCCCCUGGUGCCGGCUCUGGGCUGUCCGGGAGCCCGGCUUAUCGGAGGGAGGUGGCCUCUGGACUUCCCAGUGAAGGGUGAGCGUGGAUGUGUGGAAAAGGGGGUGCUGUGCCUUUAAAUCCUGCAAGUGAGCUUGGCUCAGGAAGGCCAGCAGCUUAGGGUCCAGCCCCUGGAAGAGAGAAGAGCUACGGAUUCUCCAUCCUCAGUCCCUGGGAGGCGACGGCUGUGCCAGCCGGGCUCUGGCAGGCUCCUGGCAGCAUGGCAGCGAAGCUCGGGGCCCUCCUGCUGGCCCUCGCGCUGGGCCUGGCCCGGCCAGCCUCUGCCCGCCGGAAGCUCUUGGUGUUCCUGCUGGACGGCUUUCGCUCGGACUACAUCGGGGACGAGGCCCUGGAGUCGCUGCCCGGCUUCAAAGAGAUUGUGAGCAGGGGAGUAAAAGUGGAUUACUUGACCCCAGACUUCCCCAGUCUCUCGUACCCCAACUACUAUACCCUGAUGACUGGCCGCCACUGCGAGGUCCACCAGAUGGUCGGGAACUACAUGUGGGACCCCAGCACCAACACGUCCUUUGACAUCGGUGUCAACACAGAGAGCCUGAUGCCCCUCUGGUGGAACGGAUCGGAGCCUCUGUGGGUCACUCUGACCAAGGCCAAGAGGAAGGUCUACAUGUACUACUGGCCAGGCUGUGAGGUUGAGAUUCUUGGUGUCAGACCUACGUACUGCCUAGAAUAUAAAAAUGUCCCGACGGAUAUCAAUUUUGCCAAUGCAGUCAGCGAUGCUCUUGACUCAUUCAAGAGUGGCCGCGCUGACCUGGCAGCCAUAUACCACGAGCGCAUCGACGUGGAAGGCCACCACUAUGGCCCUUCGUCUCCACAGAGAAAGGAUGCCCUCAAGGCUGUGGACACCGUCCUGAAGUACAUGACCAAGUGGAUCCAGGAGCGGGGCCUGCAGGACAACCUGAAUGUCAUCAUUUUCUCAGAUCAUGGGAUGACUGACAUCUUCUGGAUGGACAAAGUGAUCGAGCUGAACAAGUACAUCAGCCUGAGUGACCUGCAGCAAGUGAAGGACCGCGGGCCUGUCGUGAGCCUCUGGCCAGCCCCCGGGAGACACGCAGAGAUAUAUAACAAACUGAGUGCCGUGGAACACAUGACAGUCUACGAGAAAGAAGCCAUUCCAAGCAGGUUCUACUACAAGAAAGGGAAAUUCGUCUCUCCUUUGACGUUAGUGGCCGAUGAAGGGUGGUUCAUAACCGAGAAUCGAGGGAUGCUUCCGUUUUGGAUGAACAGCACCGGCAAGAGGGAAGGCUGGCAGCGUGGGUGGCACGGCUACGACAACGAGCUGAUGGACAUGCGGGGCAUCUUCCUGGCCUUUGGACCUGAUUUCAAAUCCAACUUCAGAGCCGCGCCAAUCCGAUCGGUGGAUGUCUACAACGUCAUGUGCCACGCGGCGGGCAUUGCCCCUCUGCCCAACAACGGGUCCUGGUCCCGGGUGGUGUGCAUGCUCAAGGGCCAGGCCAGCACCGCCCCGCCCGGCCCGCCCGGCAGCUACGCCCUGCUCCUGCUCCUGCUCCUGCUCCUACUGUCUGCGUGACUGAUCGCGGUCCUUGUCCCAGAGCACUGUCAGCAAAGUGUGCCUCCAAAGUGGGGUGAUUUUCAUCUUCUGUGUGAACGAUAGCUUCAUUAACACAAUCAAAGCCAUACAAAUUGUAAAUAUAUUAUUCUUGGAUGAUUCGAUACAUAAAAGUACCUACUUCUUUAAAAGAAAAAAAAACAACUUUGUUUACCCUGAAGGUAGGAAAUAUCCUAGCCGUUCAUUUGUUCAGCUAUACGUAAUUUUCUCCUUUCUUUUCAUAUAGUUCAUAUAGAUUGAACUGUCUGAGCAGGGGCCUGCUCCUGCAGUGACCAAACCCUGAGUGGAUACUGGCUGGUCAUCCUGGGCCCCUCUUUGUCCUGCCUUGUACAAAGUGGUCCUCAGACUGGGCCCUUAUCUGUUCCCUGUCCACACCCAGGAGCCAUCUUCGGGGUCUGUGGCCACAAUCCUGGACUGUUUCUUCCAUCCCAGAAAAGAAGAGCAUGAGAGCAAAAGCUACAGUCUGUUUGUCACCCAGAUUGCAAAAUUUUUUCAUCUUUAUACAAAGUCCCAGGAAGUAUGUAUCUUAGCACGAACCACCAAUCAACCAGAAAAAGAAAAAGAAAGAAAAUAUAAGCCACUAAGAACUGAAGAAUUCAUAGAACACGGUGAAAGAUGUGGGUUCCCUCGCUAAGUCUGAAUGCACAAACGUUUCUCCCUUGCUUUGAGGAGCAGAAACGCUUCCAACAGAUGUGGGCUUCUGUGAGACCCACCCGCAUGGUGUCCCGCGGUCUGAAGCGUUCAUCAGACUGGUGGGCCGCCUGCCCGUGUGAGCUUCCCCAGACAGUGCCAUGCUUUGGCCCCGGAUCAGGGUCUAGACCACAGGAACACCGGACACGGCAGUGCAGGCCGGGAAAGGGCGUGUCACCGGCGAGAAUAUGGCUGUGCCUACUGGCAGGAGCUCAGUUCACUGCAUGGAGCAGUCCUGAAGCAGGCUGGCUUAACCAUGGCGAAGAGAACCUUCCAGUGACACGCAACUCCUAAAACAUGGCAGUGGGCGGGGAACGGGAGCUGAGCCCCAGCCCUAACCAACUGACCAGCCACUUGAUUAGGAAACAGUUUGGGCAAAAUGCCACCUCAGUUCUUUAGAAACCCCUGAGAAGAACCACUGAGCCUGACUUGAAAUAGCUUAGUUGAGUCGCCUAAGUUUGCUGUAGGAGAACUUGUGAAACAAGGGAUAAGGGCAUUUUCACAUGAUGAGUCGUUUACACACACACACACACACACACACACACACACA